AUGGCCGGCGCAACCCCGUCUAACGGCUUGUACACGGCGUUCUAUCCGGGAUUCCUGUACUUCUUGUUGGGUGUAUCAGCGAUCGUGAGCUUAAUGAUUUCAUCAGCCACCUAUCGUUUGGCGCCGGGCGAAGCAAUCACCUAUGAAAGUGGUAGUUAUUCGACGUCCAGUCUUACGAUUUUGAUGGGUGUUUUGCAGUUCGACGCUAUCACAGUGUUGAUAUCGAAUCAAGUGAGUGCCGGCUUCACUGCGGCCGCUGGCGUACAAGCGCUGUCCAAUCAGCUGCCGCCGAUAUUAGGAAUUCGCGUGAGACGCAAAACAGGAUUUGCCGGCCUCUUUUACGUUUCUUCGCCAGAUCUGCUGAGUCAAAUCGCGCUUACCAACCACGUAACUCUCUACAUGGCUUUAAUAUGUAUGGCAAUUCUCAUAGUCACGAAGGAAUACAUCAACCCCCUUAUUGGACGGCACUGCAGGCUAAAAAUUCCUGUACCUGCAGAAAUCAUGGUGAUAGUACUUGGUAUGCUUGCCGACAGUCUGUUCAGCCUAAACCAGCACUACGGCGUUGCGGUUGUUGGACCAAUUCCAGUUGGGCUGCCAGAACCGACUGUGCCAAAGAUCUCCUUAUUUUCGUCGUUGUUCUUUGACGCAGUUAUCAUCUCAAUUGUCAUUUACUCGGUUUCCCUCUCACUAGCCAGGACCUUCUCAGAAAAGCAUUCUUAUGAAAUUGAUCCCAGUCAGGAAUUGUACGCAUUCGGUUUCAUUCAGCUGUUCGUUUCGUUUUUCACAUGCCAGCCCCCUGCCGCAGCUUUGGCUCGUAGCAUGGUUCUGGAAAACAGUGGUGGACGAAGUCAAUUUGCGUCAGUAAUCUCAAGCAUGAUCAUUCUGUCGGUGAUUUUCUUCGUUGGUCGCUUCUUGGGAACUCUUCCGAAGUGUGUCUUGGCCGCAAUAAUAUGCGUCGCGAUGAAGGGCGUGAUUUUGCAGUUGCGGCAACUUCCGGCGUUAUGGCGCCUGUCAAAGUGUGACUUCACAAUCUCGGUGACCGCCUUCGUUGCUGUUAUUGUGCUGGACGUGUCGAAUGGACUGUUUGUUGCAAUUUGUUUCGCAUUCCUGCUGGUCUCUGUUCGCGGAUUUUGGUAA